AUGCUUAAUCUAUGGCCAGUUCUCCUCGGAACCCUUUCCACUAGACAAAUUUUGCGGGUCACCGUUGGAGUCACAGCGACAGCCUCGAACAAAUAUUCCACAUGGUCCUCCAUGAAACGGAAAUCAGCUCAAGCUGAGCCUUCGAUCCCUUCAACUCCGAAGAGAAGAAAAAUACAAAUGGCAACACGAAAAAUAUCACUGACGGCUCAAGAGCAAAGACUUCGUGAUCUUCUUCUUGAUGUAGCACGAUUCAUCGAUGAAGCUAAACAGCUCCAGGAGAAGAUCGAGCUUAGAUGGGCUGGCGGAUGGGUUCGCGACAAGUUGCUGGGCAUUCCUAGCGAUGAUAUUGAUACAGCCAUUAACUCGAUGACUGGGCUAGCAUUUUGCGAGGAGAUGAAAAAAUAUGUUGACAACCCAAAAAACAUAGAGAAGCACUCACUUGAGAAACACGAUUUGGGAAAUCUUCACACCAUACAAGCGAACCCUGAAAAAUCUAAACAUUUGGAGACAACCACAAUUAGGAUUCUAGGCUUUGAUGUCGAUUUUGUCAAUUUGCGGAAGGAGACUUAUACGCAAGAUAGCCGGAAUCCUCAGAUGGAAUUUGGCACUGCUGUGGAGGACGCGGUGCGAAGAGAUGCCACGAUUAAUGCGUUGUUUUAUAAUCUUCAUUCUGACCAAGUUGAAGACUUCUGCGGCGGUUUAGCGGAUCUGGAAGCAAAAACCAUCAAAACACCACUGGAGCCUCUUACCACUUUCACCGAUGACCCUUUGCGGGUGCUGAGGCUCAUUCGAUUUGCAAGUCGCCUGCAAUUCAAGAUUGAUCCUGUGACCGAAGCCUCAAUGAGCAAUCCUGCUGUCAAUGAUGCAUUGAAAAUCAAAAUCAGUCGGGAAAGAGUAGGGGUAGAACUGGAAAAGAUGCUUAAAGGCAAGCAUCCUCGAGAGGCUCUUCAUCUCAUUGAUCGACUUGGCCUUUACUCAGUCAUCUUUACAGACCCUACCAAGGACGCAGCCUCUUCACCAGCCGUUGAGAAUUGGAAACUGGUAUAUGACUGUCUAGAAACAUUACAGGGUAACAAAACCCCAGGGUCUAUCUAUGACACGCUAGUUCGCUCUGAAGAUGCACAAUUCGUCGCUUGGAUUCUGGCCGCUGUCACACCAUGGUCCAGCGUACCUUUGCCAGAAGCCAAACCAGGAGCCAAGCUCCUUUUACCCUAUGCUACCUUGGUAGGCAGAGAAGGUAUCAAGGUCAACAACAAAAUCUCCGAUAUCAUUACAGCAGCAUUUCGAAACCUUGAUGAGAUCACUGCCUUGAGAAAUGCGAUCCAGAAAAAAGAGCCUUACGUCAGUGAACGAGAUACCCUGGGCAUGAUGAUUCGAAGAUGGGACUGGCAGGGAAAGAACUGGAGACUGGAAGUCUUGCUUGCCAUAUUCGUUGAAGUACUGAAUAAGGCUCAAGCUGACUACACUGAAAUCUUCGCAAGUUGGCAGACGUUUAUUGAUCAUCUAGAAGGAAUGGGUUUGAUGAAUGCACCAUCAAUACCGCCAAAGGUGAAUGGGGUACAGUUGAUGAAGGCUCUGGAAAUUAAGAAAGCUGGUGCCUGGAUGAAACCCGCAUUGGAUGUAUGUAUGGAGUGGCAACUGAGAAACCCUGAUUUGGAGGAUACGGAUGGCGCUAUUGAGGAGGUCAAGAAGAGAAAAGAAGAGUUAAAAAUACCCUGA